AGCUUCACUUCAUAAUUAACUAAAGAAAUAGUAUCUCUGUUAACUUACAUCAGCUGUUUUGUAGGAAAAAAAAUAGUGAUGCCAUAUGAUGGGGCCAUGCCACUCUAGAUGGUCUUGGUUCAUGUACAAUCCAACUUGCCGUGUUGGUCUUGGGAUGAGUUGACGGAGAUAUUAAGGACGAACGUAUUCGUCUUUUGCCACAAUGUACAAUCGAGCUUGUGGCAACCCAUCGUGCUACAAAUUUAAUGAAAAAAAAUCUAAAAUAAAUUUGAAAGAAUAUUAUCAUAAUUAUAUGUUUUUUAGAUUAUAAAUAAUUGUAAAAAAUGUUAAAAAAAUAUUUGCAAUUUCUUUUAAAAAAAGUUAAGGAUAGUUUAGUAGAAUUUACGCAUGAGAUCGCUGACGACUUUGACAGCGGAUCUAAGAAUCACGACUGAAUGACUUAAACCCCGAACCACUGCCACCCUUUCCGUUGUCGAAACCCUCCCUCGCCCUGUCAUCCUCUCGACGGAGUCACCGCGUUGCGUUCCUUUGCCAUCGCCCUCUUCCGGGUGACACGGCAAGGUCCUUGACCAGUUAGCCUCUUUGAGAAUCCGGAAUGGUGAUCUUGGGGAAGCGCCAGAGGAGCUCCGGCAGCGGGAUCCUCAAUCUGUAUCAGCGCGAGGUUGGAGUCCUGUCACCCAGAAAUUUCUCGCAUCGCGCUAGGGCUUCGGAGGUGCAUGCGUCCUUUUUUUUUCACCCUCAGAUCUUUGUUUUAUUUUUAUUUAUCAUUUCGUGUAAGCAUUAAAGAUCUGGUACUGAUGAAGUUUGCACUUUCGACUAAUCUCUUACAAUAUAACAGGGAUGAUUUAUGCCAAACUCGGAAGUGGAAAUGCAAAUGCAUGUUAACAAUAGUUUGUUGUUGCUCGUGAUAAGAGUGGAGACUGAUAAGGAUUUUGUUCUGCGUUUGGGAAUUGACAGAAAACUUAACAAGCAUAAUGGUUAUGUAAAUACUGUGAGUCUCAAUGAAAAUGGGAAUAUUCUUGUAUCCGGAUCAGAUGAUGAAAUGGUAAUAUUGUGGGAUUGGGAGGUUGGGACUGUCAGGACUUCCUUCCACUCUGGACAUAAAGACAUUGUUUUACAGGCACGCUUCAUGCCAUGUACAGCUCAUCAUCAGACUAUUGUUACAUCUGCUGCAGAUGGUGAGGUAAGACUUGCACAAUUACGUGAAGGUGGCCAAGUAACUACAGAAUUGCUAGCUGAACAUGAUGAUGCUGUUCAUAAGGUAGCAUUUGAGCCGCAAAAUCCUCAUGUUCUUUAUAGUGGUGGUGAAGAUGGCAUAGUUCAGCAUUUUGACCUUAGAUGCAAAAAUUCAACAAAGUUAUUCAUAUGCAGACCGUUUAGAAGAAGACCGACUUAUACAUCAUUUGUCAAGCUUAUGGCUAUUUCAAUAGACCCAAGAAACCCAAACUAUCUUGCAGUUGCUGGUGCACAUGACUAUGCUCUGGUAUAUGACAUUCGCAAGUGCAAAUGGGAUGGAUCAACAAAUUAUGGUCUUCCAUGUGAAAAUUUCUGUCCUACACAUCUGAUUGAUCAUAGUGACGGGAUAUCAGGGUUGUGUUUUUCUGAUUCAAGUGAGCUGCUGGUCUCUUAUAUGAACGAAUAUAUCUAUCUCUUUCCAAAAGUUCAGGGUCUGGGUUCAAAUCCUGCGUCCUUACUUUCUGAUUGUGAUUCAGAAGAUAAAUCUAAUCCAGUCCUAUCUACAUCCAAUGCGAGCCUAGGGAUUAAGUUGUACAAAGGACGUUGGAGCGAACAGACUGCGAAGGAUGUGCAUUUUUUUGGACCGUAUUGUGACUAUGUGGUUAGUGGAUCAGACUGUGGUCGCAUAUUUAUUUGGAGAAAGAAAGAUGGGGUACUUUUACGUGCUAUGAAAGGUGAUACACAUGUGGUGAACUCUACUGUAUCGCACCCUUAUACCACCAUGCUUGCAAGUUCUGGAAUGGAGAAAGAUGUAAAGAUCUGGGUUCCUAACACCACUCAACCUUUCCAACUAGUAGAUCUAGAGAGUUACGAUGCGGAAGAUCUUGCAUAUGAUGAUGACUCUUAUGAUACUGACUUCAGUGAUAGCGAUGAUGACACCGAGGAAGAUGUCUUUGCUGAUGGUGUUAGUUUUUGAUGAUAGGGACGACAAUGCUCAUUUCAACAAUUCACCUUAAGUGCAAAAUAUUACUGAGUUGGACAUGAAGCCGAUCAACAGUUGUAAGCUAUUAGCGCAAAUCUAGCCGCGUAAGUAUAAUCAAUUAAUAUUUGCUGCUGAGCAAAAGUGAUCUAGAAGAUGUGCGUAUCUUAAAAUAUCUAAUAUGAAGUAUUUGAAGGCUGUUUUUUUCUGGGCAUUACAUAGUGAAAUCUAAGCAUGCAGUUUACAGAAUUAGUGAAUUA